AUGGCGGAAGCCUCGCUACUUGCGAUGAGAAAUUUGCUCAAAAAUUUAGCAAAUGAAGUAGCAGCUUUGAAGAAAUUUACCAAGGGAACCAGAUCAUCCAACUCAGGUUCUGAUUCCGAAACCAGCUCACCAAUGAUAUUAGAGUCGUUCUCACCCAAUGCUGAGUCGUCACGGGCUAAGAGGAAAACCGCGCAAGAUGAAUCAAAGAAAAUAACAAGAGGUUUGGGAUGGCUAAAAUCAAAAUAUGAAGAUGCUCGUUUGCGAAAUUACCUUACAUCGGAGGGGUCAAUUAACUAUGAAAAGCUUCUAUUCAGUGUCAUCCUAUCGGAAGACAAAAAUAUUCGCAAGGUGACACGUGCGCAUGAUGAUUGGUCAGGUACGACGGCUCUGGUAGCAGUGAUAGAAGGAUCACAACUGAUCGUGGCAAAUGUGGGAGAUUCCCGGGGUGUCAUGUGUGACUCUAAGGGGGACGCAGUACCCUUGUCAUUUGAUCAUAAACCUGAUAGGAAAGAAGAAAAGAUGAGAAUCACUAGAAUGUUCGGACGGGUGGAAAAAGACGAAUAUGGCACUUAUCGGGUGGAUGGGAGUCUAGCUGUAUCCAGAACACUUGGUGACCGCUGGGCUAAAGGCUUCUAUCGCGUGAUCGCAACGCCGGAAAUCUUCACCUUCGAUCUCUCGGAUUACAAACCGCAGUUCCUAGUUUUGGCGACAGACGGUCUUUACGAUGAGUUGAGCAGCGCAGAGGUCGUAGCUUUCGUCAAAGAAAAGCUCACCGAGCCAUAUUUCGGAGCGAGGGAUUUGGUACGUUUAGCUUAUCAACUAGGUUCCGAAGACAAUAUCACGGUUUUGGUGAUCAAUUUCAAUGGCGGCCGCUUUGGGCCUAGGAAUUAUAAACCUGCAGCUGAUCAACAAACGAUUGGAACUCGGGCAGCGGUAAAGACACGAUGGGUAGAUCGAGUGCCGUUCUUGAAGAACGUAUUUAGAGGUCGGAAGGGUUUUAGAAAAACACCUUCCAGUAAAAAAAGGUCCAAUAGUUCUCUUUCUGUAGAGUACAUUUAA